AUGUCUUGUGCUCAGACUGGAUCAGGAAAGACGGCUGCAUUUCUAUUGCCGAUCAUUCACCAUAUUCUGGUUAACGGCCCCGAAGCAAUCCGUCCGUCCAUGAUGUCAAGCUCAGGUCGCCGCACAUUCUAUCCUGCGGCUCUUGUUCUCGCACCAACAAGAGAAUUGGCUAUCCAGAUACACAAGGAAGCGGCGAAGUUCAGCUAUCGCACCAAUAUCAUCACCGCUAUAUUAUAUGGUGGUCGUGAGAAUUACCGUGAGCAGAUUAAUCGCUUACGUGGAGGUUGCCAUAUCUUGAUUGCCACGCCUGGACGACUUAUUGAUAUCCUAGACCAGGGUUACAUUGGUCUGGCAGGUUGUCGAUACUUAGUACUGGAUGAGGCUGAUCGCAUGCUGGAUAUGGGUUUUGAACCACAAAUUCGAAAAAUUGUUGGUCAAGGCAUGCCCCCAAAAUCAGAGCGAAUUACAGCAAUGUUCAGCGCGACAUUCCCGAAACAAAUUCAGACACUAGCGCAAGAUUUCCUCAAGCCGAAUUAUGUGUUUUUGGCUGUUGGACGAGUUGGAUCAACGUCUGAGAAUAUCGAUCAACAGAUAUUGUUGGUAGAGGAGUUUGAUAAACGGAAGAUGCUCAUGAACAUUUUAGCGAGAGAAGAGAAUGCUUCACUUGUUUUGGUGUUUGUUGAAACAAAGCGAGGAGCGAAUGAUCUGGCCAAUAUACUGCAGCGUGCUGUGGCCAUUCAUGGAGACUUGAAGCAAUUCGAACGAGAACGCAAUCUGGAGCUUUUCAGGAACGGUUCUAAUCCGGUUCUCGUAGCAACAGCUGUUGCCGCUCGUGGUCUUGACAUUCCGAAUGUGAGGCAUGUGGUCAAUUACGACCUUCCUGGUGACAUCGAUGAAUAUGUUCAUCGUAUUGGAAGAACAGGUCGAUGUGGUAACACGGGACGCGCUACCAGUUUUUUCACUGAGAAGGCAAGCACUUUUGAGAUUUACGCUAAUCGUGCGCUGGCGCGUGAUUUGUCCCAGCUUCUUAGCGAAUCCAAUCAGGAAGUACCAGAUUUCCUUCUCCGGAUGGCUGCCGAGGGAAGAACACCUGGAAAUAAUCGUCAAGCCAAUAGGCGGUUUGGUGGAACAGAUCAGCGUCGUGGCGGUGCCGGCACCAUGGGAAACCGUGGUGGAUAC